CACACACACCCAAGUCCUUUUGACUAUCCCCCCCCCCCCAAAUCACAAGAAUAAAGCUCGGAAAAAGAGAUACAGAAGCCAUGUUUCAUUCAUGAAUCUUUCUGACAAGAUUAUCACAUCUGCAUUUCUGCAGACCUGGUUUCUGUUUGGGGCAGAGAGACUAGGGGGUGGUUUGGUUGGUUUCUGCCUUUAAAAUCCUUUGGGGAAAUAUAUUCUGCCUUUUUAAUAUUUCCCAAAAUAUUUCUUUCUCUGGAUUCUUCCCACACCUUGACCGAAAAAGAUGUUCAGGGGAUAUUGUUACAGGGCUAUCAGCUUGCAAGGGUGAGUUUUAUGGAAUAGCCCAUAAAAUAUAUAGGCAAUGUUUUCCUCUCUGCCCAUUCUAUUUAAAGUACUUUCAGAACAAUUUAAAGUCAGGCUAAUUUGAUCUUCAAUGAAGUGCCCUUAAACUAAAACCACCAAUUAAAAUUAAAUUACAUUAAGUGGAGCAGCAUUAUCAAAUGAAGCAUCCUAACUUAGCAUUGAAGCACCAGCCAGGCAACCAGUUUGUUCACUGGCUUAAUUUAAAGAGAUUACUUUAAGUUUAAGACGAUAGUUAUUGAUCUGGACCAGAAAAAAACAAAAUUACCCUGAAAAAUCAGCAGACAAGUCCAGGUGGAGGGCGGGGGAAAGGAACGCGCUCAGAGGAGGCUUACGAUUGGAAGACAUAAAAACGUACCGCGCGCCAGAGUCGGUGAACGCCGCGUUCCAAUUGGCUGAAAGAACGACGUUCUUAUUGGACAGCCCAACCUGAAGCGCGACAGCCACCCAAUCAAAAGACGCCGCUAGAAACCCGAGGAGUAAAUAAAUAGGCGGGGUUGCGGUGCAGCGUUUCAUUCUGGGCUUUGGAGAGACAGGAAUUGGUUGAUUAUGUCUGGGCGCGGCAAGCAGGGCGGCAAAGCCAGAGCGAAGGCCAAGACUCGCUCUUCCCGCGCCGGGCUGCAGUUCCCGGUGGGCCGCGUGCACCGGCUGCUUCGCAAGGGCAACUACGCCGAGCGGGUGGGCGCCGGCGCUCCGGUCUACCUGGCCGCCGUGUUGGAGUACCUGACGGCCGAGAUCCUGGAGCUGGCGGGCAACGCCGCUCGGGACAACAAGAAGACGCGCAUCAUCCCGCGCCACUUGCAGCUGGCCAUCCGCAACGACGAGGAGCUGAACAAGCUGCUGGGCCGGGUCACCAUCGCCCAGGGUGGUGUCCUGCCCAACAUCCAGGCCGUCCUGUUGCCCAAGAAGACGGAGAGCCACAAAGCCAAGGCGAAGUAAUUCAUUCCACGUAAUACAAAUAAGACUGCAAAGGCUCUUUUAAGAGCCACCCACAACCUCACGAAAAAAGCUGAUUUUUUUCAAUGUAUUAGUCCGUUAGCUACCUAAUGGCCAAAGCAGUUCAUUUAGGUCAGGGGUCUUGCAAGUUGGCCCUUUGAUGACGUGAGAAUG